AUCAAGCCUUUGUGACCCUUGCUACUGAUGAUGUGUACUGUCAAGGUGCUCUUGUUCUUGGACAGUCAUUGAGGAAUCAUAAGACAUCCAGAAAACUGGCAGUUCUAAUUACUCCAGAGGUUUCCAGUGGGAUGAGGUCAGUCCUCAGCAGCGUAUUUGAUGAAGUGAUCGAGGUGGAUGUGCUUGACAGCGCUGACUCAGUCCAUUUGGCUCUGAUGCAGAGGCCAGAACUGGGUGUAACCUUCACUAAGCUUCAUUGUUGGACACUUACUCAUUACAGCAAAUGUGUCUUCAUGGAUGCAGACACUUUGGUACUUUGCAAUGUUGAUGAGCUGUUUGAUCGAGAAGAGUUUUCUGCAGCUCCUGAUUCUGGCUGGCCUGACUGCUUCAAUAGUGGUGUGUUUGUGUUCCAGCCCUCCCUGAAGACUUACAACCUGCUGCUCCAGUUUGCUGCUGAGCACGGCAGCUUUGAUGGAGGUGAUCAGGGCUUGUUGAACAGCUUCUUCAGCAACUGGGCAACAGCAGACAUUGGCAAACACUUGCCUUUCCUCUAUAACUUGAGCAGCAGCUCUGUAUACACCUAUGUUCCUGCUUUCAAUCAUUUUGGUAGAGAUGCCAAAGUUGUUCACUUCUUGGGAUCAACAAAGCCCUGGAACUACAAAUACAGCCUUCAAACAAAGACAGUUAUGCAGGAUGGCGCCAACUCUGGAUCUUCUCAUCAACUGUCAUUUCUUGCCCUCUGGUGGAAUAUAUACAGUGCCAGUAUAUUGCCUUUGUUGGAAAAUCUUCAAAAGAUGGAAAAAUCAGAAUCUGAGGAAUGCAAGCACGCAUUCAAUGGAGUUGAAGUUACCCUGAAGAAGGUCAGUCCUUAUGUGGCCAGUUCCAUACAAGAGCCUGAGAUCCCAGAGCAGACAAGUGAAGUAAAUCCCACAGCGUGCUCACCUGAGGAACUCGCAUUCAAAGCUAGUGAGGUUGCACAUUUUGUUUCAGAGCUGUCUAUUCACUUCAAACCAGCAAAACCAACUCCAGAAGAUGAACGGAGAAAAUGGGAGGAAGGGCGCAUGGACUAUAUGGGGAAAGAUGCUUUUGAACAUAUCAAAAAGAAAUUGGAUGCAUUUUUACACUAAGACAGGGUGCACUGUCCAUCAUGAUAGGUUUUUUUAUAAAUGCAA